AUGGCUGGGAAUCAAGAUCAGUUUGAGAUCAAGUUUCGGUUGACAGAUGGUUCUGAUAUUGGCCCCAAAAGUUUUCCUGCAGCUACUAGUAUUGCAACAUUAAAGGAGAGUGUUCUUGCUCAGUGGCCAAAAGACAAGGAGAAUUGCCCAAGGACCAUAAAAGAUGUGAAGUUGAUUAGUGCAGGAAAAAUAUUGGAGAACAACAGAACAGUUGGGGAAUGCCAGAGCCCAUUAUGUGAUACCCCUGAUACAGUUACGACAAUGCAUGUGGUUGUCCAACAUCCUGCUACAGAGAAAGAGAAGAAAGCUGCAAGCAAAGCAACACAAAACAAAUGCAUGUGUAUUAUCUUAUAG